UUGGAUGUACGGUCUUAUGUUUACUUCCGGUAGGCUACGGGUUCAAAUCCUUUUUGUUCUCCCUAAUGUUUUUUAAAAUUCAAUCUUACACGUUUUACAUUUGAUUUCAGCUUCGUUUUGGUCAGAAAUCAUAAACUAAUAUGUCUAGUCGUGGCGUCAUCGGUCCCGCCCUGCCGCCGAGGAAGACCCGCGACGAAGACUCCGAAAGUGAUGAUGAUGAUUUCGCCGGUCCAGCUCUCCCUCCGGGUUAUAAACCAGGAGGACGGUCAUCUUCAUCAGAGGACAGUGAGGAAGAGGUGGUGGCGAAGAGAGCCAAGACCAGACACCCUACCGAAGAGUUGGAUAAAGACACCAAGGAUGACGAUGCUGGAUACUUUGGACCGGCUCUGCCCCCAGGGUUUAAGAAGCAACAGGCUUCACCUGAGAGGCCGUCUGUACUAGGUCCUGCCCUACCACCAGGGUUUCGCCGGGCAGCGUCGGACGACGAGGAUGAUGGAGACAGUGACGACGGGAUCCCGGGACCCGCUCUUCCUCCGGGCUACACGGCCGAGCGGUCGAGCGGUGAGGAGGAAGAGGACGUGAUCGGCCCCAUGCCGGCCCGGGGGCCCGUGGAUGACUCCGUUCUUCGGGACAUUGAGCGUCGGGCUCAGAAGAUGAAGGACAAGCUGACUGGAAACGAAGCCCCUGAGGUGGUUGCCAGGGAGACGUGGAUGACAGAGCUCCCUCCAGAGUUGCAGCACAUCGGCCUCGGCCUCGCGGCGAGGACCUUCAAGAAGAAGGCCGGUCCUGAGAACAAGGACCGCUCCAUGUGGACUGACACCCCCGCCGAACGGGAGCGCAAGCUACAGGAGCGCCUCGAAGGAAAGGAGAAGGUAAAAGAAGACGCACCAAAAAUGUCCCGCAAAGACCUGGAGAUGGCGGAAAAGGUUUCCAAGUACAAUGACAAGAAGCGCAGCGAGUCUCUGAUGACUUUACACUCCAAGAAGCAGAAGAAAGAGGCCCUGACGAAGGUCAAGGAGCCAGUUGAGAGGAAGGCGUUUGACCGCGACGCAGACCUGCAGGUGAACCGCUUCGACGAGGCGCAGAAGGAACGCCUGCUGAAGAAAUCUCAGGAGUUGAACACAAAGUUCUCCCACAGCAAGGAGCGCAUGUUCCUCUAGGCCUCCAGAGGAGUGGCUGUGUGUGAAAGCUGUACGUUUUAUCUCGAAGGCAAAGGGGAGCCAGCUGUUACCGAAAUGUGUUAAUUCUCCUGUUGGUCGAUCCGGAGACCCCUGGACAGUCCAGUAGGUCUAGAAAUCUGUUUCGUGUAGCGCUACCUCCUGUGGUCUUCUCCUAUAUGGUUUGAUGAUGUUGAAAAAACAGGGAACUGCCACAUAGUUUGAGACCUUUCAACUUCAUACUGUGUCCAAAUAUGAAUGAGUUCAAACUUAAAGCCAUCAUUUCAUGCCUUUAACCUUCUUAGGAGCAUAGCCUGGAUUUAAUACCUGGAUGUCAGAUAUUGAUUAUUGUUAUGUAUUUCAAUUUAAUGUUUUAAUAAAGUAAAAAUUGCUUUGUUUACACAAUUUUGAACAGAUCAGUAUAAGCUGGUAUUCCAAACUCUUCUUCAAUUUAUGAAUUUAUUCCUGGUGGACACUGAAUACCAACGUCUUCUCCUUGUGGUGUUGGUAUGACAGGGUGAAGCCACUGGGAGGCGCUGGACACUUGCUUCUUUGGUAGACCAGUACCUUGGCUUUUCUUUCAGGAAAUUGACGAGCACAGAUCCUGGGGCAGGUGCUUGGCAGUGGCGUCCCCUGGCGAGUCAUGUAUAAUAUGAUUCUGUCUGACAUUUUGCAUUAUUUACUAUUCAUGAAAACUAUCUAAUGUCAUUUUUUUAAAUUGUUAGAAUGAUAGAAAAUACCAGGUGCAUAACCAGCCAGACCGAGUAAAGGUUUUGUUCCUUUUACUCAAAUUUAAGCUGUAUAUUUGUCUUUUGUCCAAAAAAAACCUGUGGCUAUUUACUGAACAAUCUAUUGCCUAAUACAUGUAUAGACAGAUACAUACACAUUAAAAAAGGAUUGUUGUGGAACACAA